AUUAUUAAUUAAUGUCUGGCAGUGAUUCAGAACUUUAAAUCAUACCUUUUGAAGUUGCAAAAUAAGCAGAAGCAUAAAGAAAAAAAUAAGUAGCUGAUUACAAAAUAUAAACUCACUUAAAAAAACAAUUAUAGAAAGAAUAAAUCAAAGAAAAAAUCAAAAAAGAUAAAGAAAUACAAUUAAAGGCUAAACAAAAAAAUUUAUUUGAAGAUGAACCUCCUGAAUAAAGUAGUAGUACACAAUCACAUUUUACUAAUAAUAAAAUUGAUGAAUCCUUUCAAAGAAAUUUAAAUGAAAAAUUGUCUGAAAAAGUUAUUAAAUCUAUUAAAAUGCCUUAAAUUUAAUAAGCAACUACUAUACCUAUGCAAAUCAAAUCAAAAAAAAGUAUUAUUUAUUUCAUUAUCAUAGUUAUUAAGAAAUUUAAUGAAAAAGUUACUAUUGAAACUUUAGGUAAAGAAGUCAAUCACAAACAAAAUUCUUAAUAAUCACUCAAUUUUUUAAAAUAGCAUUUAUUUGACAAAUAAUAAAGAGUUCCUAUCUAAAAAAUCAUUUCCAAAAAAAAAUGA